AUUUUCCCCCUUUUGACUUCACUACAAGCGAAGCUGCAAGGAAAGAAACGAGGAGCCAGAAGGAGCAACGAAUUAAGCCUGGAAUUGAUCUCGCACGUAAAAAAAAAAGGACAGAAGCGUCCUCCUCCUGUCAUUCCAUGCUCCUCUAGCGUCUUCCCUCACACAGUUCAGGAGAUAUAAUGGAAACUGAAUGAUGAGGAGUUUGUGGCUGGACGGCAGCUGACGGACUGAACCAUGGCUCAGUUUCCCACGCCCUUCGGAGGAGGGUCAGAUACAUGGGUAAUAUCUGUGGACGAGAGAGCCAAACAUGACCAGCAGUUCCACAGUUUGGCCCCCACACCUGCUGGCUUCAUCACAGGUGACCAGGCAAGGAAUUUCUUUCUGCAGUCAGGUUUACCUGCCCCCAUCCUCGCCCAGAUAUGGGCCCUGGCCGACAUGAACAACGAUGGGAAGAUGGACAUGCAUGAAUUUUCCAUCGCAAUGAAGCUGAUUAAAUUGAAGCUGCAGGGUCACCCCCUCCCUCCUUCACUGCCCCCCUCCAUGAAGCAGCCACCCCUCUCCAUUCCCCCACAGCCGCCUUUUGGGAUGCCCAGUAUGGGGGCAAUUCCAGGCCUGCCAGCAGUGCCGCCCAUGCCCCUGCCCCCUCUGCCUCCAGGAGUGCCAGGAGUAGGUGUGUCUCCACCUCUGGUAGCAUCAGUGACCCCAGCUGUACCAUCCCUUGCUAACGGAGCCCCCCCUAUGAUACAACCCAUGAGUGGAUUCUCGCAUCCAGCUGCUGCGCUCAACAAAACCCCUUCGUUCAAUCGUUCCAGUAUCAAGCUGCAGAAGGGCCAGUCAGUUGAGGCACCCAGUGCUCCAGCUGCUCCUCCACCCACUGACUGGGCCGUGCCUCAGUCUUCUCGGCUCAAAUACCGCCAGCUCUUCAACAGCCAUGAUAAAAUGAUGAGUGGUUAUCUCACAGGUCCACAAGCCAGAACUAUUCUAAUGCAGUCCAGUCUACCGCAGGCCCAGCUGGCCACCAUCUGGAACCUGUCAGAUAUAGACCAGGACGGAAAGUUGACUGCAGAAGAGUUUAUUCUGGCCAUGCACUUAAUUGACAUGGCAAUGUCCAGUCUGCCUCUUCCCCCAUUCCUUCCCCCUGACUUCAUACCUCCGACAUUCAGGAGAGUGCGUUCUGGUAGUGGAGUGUCUGUGACCAGUAUGCACUCGAUCGAUCCACGGUCUCAGGAGGAGCCUGAGGAGGAGGAAAAAGAGACAGAGAAAAAACUUCCAGUAACAUUCGAGGAUAAGAAACGAGAGAACUUUGAGCGUGGAAACCUGGAGCUGGAGAAGCGUCGUCAGGCCCUGCUGGAGCAGCAGAGGAAAGAGCAGGAGCGACUGGCGGCGCUGGAGAAAGAGGAGCAAGAGAGGAAGGAGAGAGAACGACUGGAGCAGGAGAGACGCAGACAGCAGGAGCUGGACAAACAACUGGAGAGACAGAGAGAGCUGGAGCGACAGAGGGAGGAGGAGAGACGCAAGGAGAUCGAGAGAAGAGAGGCUGCUAAACGGGAGCUGGAGCGUCAGCGGCAGUUAGAGUGGGAGAGAACACGCAGACAGGAGCUGCUCACCCAGAGAAACCGAGAGCAGGAGAACAUCGUCCUGCUCAAAGCACGCAAGAAAACGCUCGAGUUUGAACUGGAGGCUCUGAACGAUAAGAGGUCACAGUUGGAGGGUAAACUGCAGGACAUUCGUUUCCGUCUAUCGGCUCAGAGGCACGAGAUCGAGAGCACCAAUAAGACGCGAGAGCUCCGCAUUGCUGAGAUCACCAGCCUACAACAGCAGUUGCAGGAGUCUCAGCAGUGGUUGAGUCGAUUGAUUCCUGACAAACAGUGUCUGAAUGACCAGCUGAAGCAGGUUCAGCAGAACAGUCUGCACAGAGACUCUCUGUCCAGUCUUCAGAGGGCCAUUGAAAUGAAGGAAUCCACCAAACAGCAGCUGAGAGAACAGCUGGAAGCUGUGGAGAAGGAGACACGUUCCAAGCUAUUGGAGAUAGACUCCUUCAACACACAACUGAAGUCCUUGGGCCUGUUCUAUCAGACCCACGCUGCUAGGAUGGAGAACCUGCAAUCGGAGCUACUUAUUGAAGAGCAGAGGGGGCGACAGGUAGACAACCUGAUAAUGCUGUUAACCCCCAGAGAACUACCACCAAACUAUUACCCUCUACUCACAGCACUGCGCUCUCUGUUUCCCUGUAUAAGGGGACUCAAAGUAGCACACUUCCAGUUGUGUCUUGUCUUGUUUACGUCCCUUUACUAAGGCAUCAACAGGGCU